AUGCUUGAAGAAAUGGUUACUCAUGUGCUUGCUUCAAGGGAUGAACUCUAUGCCGAUGUUCGAUUGAAUGACACUCUCUGUGAACGCACCAUGUACACACGGGACGACUCCCACGCUUCAUACAAUGUUUGCGAUUCCCGCAUCUACAACUCGUUUCCACAUCACCCGACGUUUGCAGCUGCAGCUGGAACAGAUGAAGCUCAUGCCGAGGCAUUGAUUGUUGGAAAAUCUCUGGCAUUGAUCGGUUGGGAUAUGAUUGUGGAUAAUGAUAUGUAUGAUUUGGCGCGGCGACAAUGGAAAGACGAGAUUGUGCGGGAGGAUUAG